ACAUAUCACGCACGACGUUAGGAGUUCCCUCGCUUACACGGUGAAAACGCCCCUCUACUCUCCUCCUAGCCCUUCCCCGACCGUGAGCAUCCCUGCCGGCUUGUGCCUGUCUGCCGUCCCAGCCUGCAGGGCUACACCUCCCGUGCCAGAGGAAAGGCGCUCCGGGGCGGUGGCGGCGUCCGUCUUCCAAAUUUCCUGCGAUCUCAAUGAUCACAAUCCGGACUGAAGCUUGACACCCCGGACCUGACAGGACAGGACUGCAAUCCAUUUCUAUGACAACAGAGACGGCUUUGGCUGGGGAAUUGAAGAGCGCAAUGGAGGGUGACGCCAGGAGAACCAAUCAGGUUCCAGAGGACCAGGGGGAAAUGGACGAUAGCUCAGAGAAGACCCCCAGCAAAGCCUCCAAAUCCCCCCAGAAAAGCAACAAGCGGCCCAAGACCGUCCCCGUCAAAGUCACUCUGCUUGACGGCUCAGAUUAUGAGACUGGAGUUGAGAAAUUUGCCAAGGGCCAGACCCUGCUGGACAUGGUGUGUGGCCAUCUGAACCUGCUGGAGAGGGACUACUUUGGCCUGACUUUCCAGGACACGGACAACGCCAAGCAUUGGUUGGAUCCCUCCAAAGAGAUUAAGAAGCAAAUUCGGGUUGGUUCCUGGAUCUUUGGAUUUUCUGUCAAGUUCUACCCUCCAGACCCGUCUGUGCUCAUUGAAGACAUCACCAGGUACUACCUGUGCCUGCAGCUGAGGGACGACAUCCUGUCUGGUCGUCUGCCCUGCUCGUUUGUCACCCACGCCCUUCUGGGCUCCUACACUGUCCAGGCUGAACUGGGAGACUACGAGCCUGAGGAACAUGGCCCCGACUACGUCAGCGACUUCCGCUUUGCACCCAACCAGACUCGUGAGCUGGAGGAGAGAGUGAUGGAGCUGCACCGUAACUACAGGGGAAUGAGUCCAGCAGAGGCAGAGGUGAACUUUCUAGAAAAUGCCAAGAAGCUUUCAAUGUAUGGAGUGGACCUGCAUCAUGCUAAGGAUUCGGAAGGAAUUGACAUAAUGCUCGGUGUGAGUGCCAAUGGUCUUCUCAUCUACCGAGAUCGUCUAAGAAUCAACAGAUUUGCUUGGCCAAAAAUCCUAAAGAUCUCCUAUAAGAGAAGCAACUUCUACAUCAAGAUCCGCCCAGGAGAGUAUGAACAGUUUGAGAGCACCAUAGGCUUCAAGCUGCCCAACCAUCGGGCCUCGAAGCGAUUGUGGAAGGUCUGCAUUGAGCACCACACCUUCUUCAGGUUGGUUUCCCCAGAGCCGCCCCCUAAAGGCUUCCUGGUGAUUGGCUCCAAGUUUCGCUACAGUGGGCGGACCCAAGCUCAGACCAGACAAGCCAGUGCUCUGAUUGACAGGCCUGCCCCACAGUUCGAUCGGUCCGUUAGCAAGAGAUACAUGCUGCCCCGAAGCAUUGAUGGAGCUUCAGCUCUGGGCUACAGUAUGGACCAGCUGUCCCAGCGAAGCUCCAGUGAACGCACACAAUUCAUGUCCAGAGAAGAUCUAGACCAAGAGGGAAGUCUGGACCUGGACCACGAUCAGUACCAGUAUCAAGAUCAAGACCAGGACCAGUACACAGAUCAGGAGCUGGACCAGUAUGAUGGUCAGGAUCAGGAUCAAGUUCAAGUUCAGAAGCCUGCUCGUGGUGCCCACAUCUCAACGCCCAUCAAGACUUUGGAGCUCAAGGGUGAGGAGGAAGGCUCGCCUGUAGACUCAAAACCAGAGGAUCUGGCCACCCCUCGGCCCAAACAGGAGCAGUUCUUGGAUAAGUCUGAAGAUGUUCUGCAAAAGCACCAGGCCAGCAUCAAUGAGCUCAAGAGGGCUUUGAGGCAGCCCAACAGCAAGAUGGCCCAGAGGGAGAAACGCCUGUCCUCGGCUACUCCUCCUGGAGGAACCCCCGAGCGGAAGCCAGCGACCGGUGGUGGCAAAUUGAUUGACAAGCAGGAUGCUUAUGAAGGAGAUCUGGAUACUUACUCUAAAGUGGAAAAGAGUAAGACCUCUUCUAUGGGUAGAGACAUGUUCUUUGUGACACCCUGGACUGAAGCAAAGAUGAACAACUGUCAAACAGCCAGAGACUCUUUCAUAACUAGACCUGGAAAGUCUCCAGACUUUACAGCAACAGGACUAACGGAUAUGAACCCUGCGGAUGAUAUAGUAGCAACUAAUGGGCAUUACGAUGCUGUAUUAGCGAGGAACACCAUUCAAGAAAAUGGAUAUGGCUCUCCACAUGACAAACAGGGGAGUGCAAUGAUCACCAGAGAUAUAAGGCAUAGUCAAUAUGAGCACAACAUUCAUCGAGAGAGACCAAACAACUUCGAUGCUCCGGUGGCUGUGGAUUCUCUCCCAAAAGGCAAUGGAGGCAGAAUUGAGAUUGAUGCGAGGCAUUGUGAGACAAUAAAAGACUCGAGCCCCAAGGGAGCACAAGAUUGCAGCAAAACAGGGAACUCGCACUCAGAAGUCACCAAAAUAGUUCCUCUCAAGCCACAGAGAUCAAAGAAGUCUUUGAACAAGGAGAACACAGGUGUUGUAAACCCUCAAACUCAGAGUUGGUCUGACAGAGGCGUCUUUGGUGCGAUGGGGGAUGUACAGGUGACAAAAUCAAAAGACGGAUCCUGUGAGAUGGGAAGGAGAGUGGAUGAUAAUGUACUGCAGUCUGCCACAGAUGUUGCCAAGGAAAACACAGGGGCUACCAAGUACCACAGCGAGGCUGCAAUGUCAUAUCAGCAGCAAGCUCUACUACAUCAACACGUUAAGAAUGAGCUGUUUGGACAUCAGGAGCUCAGAGACUGCAGAGGUACAACAGCAGGACGAGGAGGACUUGAAGACCAUUUUCAGAACAACUCAGAGUUUAAAGAGAGUCUCCUCCCUAGCAGCAAAUUUCCAACAGCUCCCCCGCGGACCCUCCCUCUGAAAACGCAGUGGACGCGAGACAGACAGAGCAACAUGGACAGCAGCCACAUCCACCACAGGACGCCCUGCCAAGAAACAGCCAAGAGGAAGCAAGCGGAAACACCUCCCACACCUGCUAUUCACGAGGAACCUUUCAACGAAGCUUCAAGGGAACCGUGGGAAAGGCGUCUGGGCUCCGUCUCCGAGGAUGACCAGGACCACGAGAUCCUGUACCUGAAGGAGACCCACCUGGGCAUUGAGCGCAAAUGUUCCAGCAUCACGGUCAGCUCCACAUCCAGCUUGGAGGCCGAAGUAGAUUUCACCGUCCUCACAGACCUGCAAACGGGAAUGGAGGAGUUCUCCAGGGGCAUGACAGAGCUGGGGGAGAGGGAUCUGUCACCUGAUGUGGGUCUGUGCUUUGGCAUGGACUUGCUCCAGCAGCAGGGCCCCCCUGAACCGCCUCCUCCAUUAGUGUCUGCUCCUCUGUCCAGAGGAGUUAGCAGCAGCCCUCCGGUAAAGCAUAUCCAGGCCGAAGAAGUCCGACCAGAGGUCAAACGGCCCGAUGUGCAGCCUGUAGUACCCAAAAAACCAAAGAGGUCAGUGCCAGUGUCGUCGUCUGUGGACAGAGAACAGUCGCACAGAGAAGCCGGUCGUGUCUCUGCCAUCACACCGCUGAGCAGGGAGGCCAGUGAUGUCAUGCCCACACCGACAGUGAGGAAGACGGACGUCAGGACGGAGACUCAGCCCAACGGGUCAGAGGUCACCACGACCAUUGUGGAGUUCACAGAUCAGGAUCAUGGUCUAACUGGCCUGAGUGAAGUCUCUUACUCUACGAGGCAGAGCGUAUCCCCUGUGCAUAUGAGCAGUCUUGGCAGAGAGGCGUCAGGGUCGCCCAUCCUCGUCACUGAAAAUGUUACCUCGGCAACCACUCAAGUCACCAAGACGGUGAAAGGAGGAUAUUCAGAAACCAGGAUCGAGAAGAGGAUUAUAAUCACAGGAGACGAUGAUGUAGACCAGGAACAGGCUCUGGCUAUUGCAAUACAGGAAGCCAAGCAGCAGCAUCCAGACAUGCAGGUGACCAAGGCGAUUGUUGUCAGGGAAACAGAAUCGUCCACUGAGGAUCGACACGGCGCAUCAGAGUCCUGAUUUCCUGAGAUGAGAGCGCCCCCCUUUGGACCAGAAGUGUCAGUGCCCGACCUGAAAUUGCCACCCACCAUCCCUACUGAAAGACUACUGCCAGUGGCGCUCAAUUGGAGCCUCUUGUACACACAUACACACACACACAGCUGAAACAAGACUCCUUUGAAACCCUUGUGUUUUGUUUUAAUUCAAACAUUUUACUAUUGGAAUCAUUCAAGCUCAGCAGAGUGAUUUGGUGGUCAUGCUGAAAACACUCGUGGUCCUUGAUUGGCCGACAAUAUGCCACCAGAAUUCCAACCAUCUGGAACAACUAAAGAGGUCCCAUCCGACUAAAUUCCCUGCAAACCUGUCAGGGCCUCUUUGUUCAACCCACUUGCUCCAGUAUUCCUCAGAGGGAAUCUGUGCACUCAUUCAGACUGUGGAAUACUCCAAAGCUCGUACCAUGCUGGUACUCAUCCCACGCAUUAAUUGGAAAACAGACAAAAAAAGGUUGUGCACCUGAGAGUGUCAUUUACAUGUCUUUGCUGCUGUAUUGAAUAACAAGAAAUUAUCAGAUCCCCGCUCUGUGUGCUGAAAAAAAAAUACAGAAAAUAAACCCCACUGUGUGUGCUUACACUUAAUCCAUCACAUGUAGCUCCAGUAAAGUUAGAGCAUCCUGUGAAGCGGAGUUAAAUGAGAACAGAGCGAUUCCUACUUUUAGUUUCCCCCCUCUAAUGAACAAAUGAGCUUCGUCCCGCCCCCUUCACACUGACUGAUGACGAUGCACUGAGCAGAACGGAUCAUGUAGAGCCAACAAGGUCGCCUGGUGGUGUUUAUCCAAGUGUUUGUCAUGAGGACCAAAGUCAGAGCUAGUCUGAUCGCUAUACUUCCCUCUUAUCUGUCUCACCUUAAAGGUUUUACUUCUGUAAAAUGUAGUUGACCAUGAUGUGCGAGCAUCAUGACGGACUUUGAUUGGACUUUUAGAGAAUUCCUGCGUAUGUGUCUGGACGUUAAGAGCUGUUAAUUCACACAGUGUACCCGUUGUAUUUAUUCAAAAUGGUGGCGAUGUAGUUUCUGAGCAUGCUGAUGUUCCAGAAUGAGCCCACUAUCUCUCCUUUCACAGCCUUUAGAUAUGCUUUCAGUAUAUAAUAACACUUUGGCCAUUGUGUAGUCGGUACAUAGAGUAGACUCACACCCUUGUUCAAGUCACAGAACGGGCUGCUGCAUCGGUAAAACUAGUAUUUGAGAUAAUGUUUGCAUGAGAAUUUCUUGCAUUAUUGGACUGUAAUUGAGUAAUAUGGAUAUUCACUCAUAGGAAGGAUGAAACGUGAUGAUCAACAUAUAAUGGCAGAAUCAUCCGUAAUCUGAAGUCGAAUCUGAGCUCUGACAAGUAAAAAAGAAAAUAAGAUUCCUGGCAGGAGAUAAGCACACAAUACAUUUAGUUUAGUUAUGCCCAGGUUUAGGUGACAGCACAGUGGCUACAGAUUCUUCCUUCAGUUACAACCCUUUAAAAGUUUCAUCUCAAUCCAGCCACUGCUGCUGUUAUAUAACGUUAUUUUACAUUAUUAGCUUUUAAUUUCCCCGUAAAGCAACAUGAAGUCGGCCUGUCAUGCCUACAUUCAGUUGUGGUGACUGAAAUUUAUUCACCGCUAUAACACACCUUCCUCAUCCUUCAAUAUACCCUGCAGUAACGGUUAUUAUGCAUCACAGCCCUUCCGAUACUCUUUCAAGCAAAGUACAGUGUUAUAAAUAAAAUAUACAGUAGGAGCAGAAGCUUUGAACUUUUAGUUUUGUGUCAUUUGGUACAUGAAUGUUAGCGGGAUGCCAUGUAGUGUGCCAAUUAAGGUAGCAGUCAAAUUGUACAAACUCUGAUUUUAUAUGAAACUAUUUGUAUGAACAAGCUACUUUUAAUUACAGAGGUGCCAGAAAGUCAAAACGCAUAAACUUGACACGGCGAGGUUUCCCUUUAAUUGCGGUGUCUUUAACAUCACCUGGAAAUUUCUGUCUCCUUGCAAAUGUCAUAUUUUAUAUACAAAUCAAUGCACUCAAAUUCAUUCAACUGAGAUUGAUGACGUUAAAACUGUCAUGUCAGGUUUAUGAGAGUAUUACUGAAGUACGGCUUUGGCUUUCAGACACUAAACUUUACUGUUCACGUGUAGUGUAAUUCCUGUUGUUUCAUAUUUUGGUUCAGAAUCCUUUAAAGUGAUGGUUAAUCAUGGAUGUGGGUGUCAAACUGGAAGGUGGAAAAAAAAAAAAUGCAGCCAUGCAUACCUUGUACUGUAUAUUCGGUGCCGUUUGGUGGAUUGUGAAGACGUAAAGUAGUUAAUGGCCAUGGGCUUGAUGUACACUAGGGGGCACCAGUUACCAAAAAAGAAGAGCGCUUUGCAACAACAUCGAGCACACCCAGCUGAAAUCCUCCUCACAUUCUUCACUACGGGGCGAAAUUAUCCAAAUCAUCCUUGGAUCAACCUGUGAGGUCAAACUUACCUUCCUCUGUCCAGAAAAGGCCCGCCCCUGGAUGUCUGUCAAAUAAUAACCAGACUGUGAUUAAUCAGAGACAUUUGGCUGUGGCUGAGACACCUGGUGCCGAAGUCUGAUUGGACGACCUCCAGCUGACCCUUAAACCUAGCCCUCUCCUCUCUGUACAGAGCCCUCCUCCUCAUCCUCCCUCUCAGCAGCUUCAUCUCCUCUGCUCUGCUGCUCUCCAUUGCUUGGUGCCGUGUCUUUGCUGUACAGUGUACUUGCAUUCCUUCGAAAUGAAUAAAGAACAGAGAAAAAGAGAACAAGAUGAGAAGGGAAUCCCUUUGUUUGAUCUCUGGCA